CUUUCUGUUGCACCCACCGGUUCUCACUGUGACCUGCUGCUUUACUGGGGACUUGAAAUAUGAACUGCGUGAUUUACCAUGACAACUGAAUCAGGCGCAGACGCAGAGGCCAAGCAGCCGCAGGAGAACAAGGAGACGGAGAAGGGGAAAGCUAAAGCAGCAGCAUCCCAGCCGGGCCAGGCCGCAGCCGAGCCCACUUCACCUCGGAACCAACCGGAGCAGCUUCCAGCCGCUGUCGGACACAGCACCCCGGCCAGGAAAGAACAGGAGCAGCAGGAAGAGGACCAAGAAUCCCACAGGUCGUCCCUCAGUCGUCUGUCCAAGUCUCCAUUGAGAGGAGUGAAGAAGGUGAAGAUCAUGCAGUGCAAGGUCUCCCUGCUGGACGGCUCGGACUUCACACUCGAUGUGGAGAAACGAGCCAAGGGACAAGUGCUCCUUGACAAAGUGUGCGGUCACCUCAACCUGCUGGAGAAAGACUACUUUGGAAUCACACACAAGGAUGUAGAGAACCAGAAGAAUUGGCUGGACCCCUGCAAGGAACUGAAGAAGCAGAUAAGGACUGGUCCCUGGAACUUUGCUUUCAACGUGAAGUUUUACCCCCCAGAUCCCGCCCAGCUCACUGAGGAUAUCACAAGGUACUAUCUGUGCCUGCAGCUGAGAGAUGAUGUGGUGUCAGGUCGCCUGCCCUGCUCCUUCGCCACCCACACAGUACUGGGUUCCUACGCAGUGCAGUCUGAACUGGGAGACUAUGACCCUGAAGAACUGGGCAGCGACUACAUCAGCGAACUGCGCUUUGCACCCAACCAGACCAAAGAGCUAGAGGAGAAGGUCAUGGAACUCCACAAGAGCUACAAGGGGAUGACACCGGGCGAGGCGGAGAUACACUUCCUGGAAAACGCCAAGAAGUUGUCCAUGUAUGGUGUGGACCUCCACCACGCCAAGUUGGUAGGGAGCCUCUAUGAAAGCUUGGCUCCAGCUUUGGGAGAGGACUCUGAGGGUGUGGAGAUCAUGCUGGGCGUUUGUGCAAGUGGCCUCCUCAUCUACAGAGACCGGUUGCGGAUCAACAGGUUCGCCUGGCCCAAAAUCCUCAAGAUCUCCUACAAGAGGAACAACUUCUACAUCAAAAUCCGACCCGGCGAGUUUGAACAGUUUGAAAGCACAAUCGGUUUCAAGCUACCAAAUCAUCGCGCUGCCAAAAGGCUCUGGAAGGUCUGUGUGGAGCAUCACACCUUUUUCAGGCUCGUAUCCCCAGAGGCGCCUCCGAAGAAGUUCAUGAGCCUCGGUUCCAAGUUCCGCUACAGUGGCAGAACGCAGGCUCAGACCCGCAAAGCCAGCUCCAACAUCAACAGACCUGCUCCGUCCUUUGAGCGCUCGGCCAGCAAACGCUACAACAUGUCCCUCAGCUUAGAUGGAGCUCCCAUAAUGGAGAACCACGAGGCUCUGAUGAAGGACAGUGACGGGGCGGCCAAAGUCAUCGCCAAGGGGGACAUCAUCACCACGGUAACAACAGAGAAGAAAGCAGAGGAAGAGAAGGCGGAGCAGGAAGACGCUCGGAUGGAUGAAGCAGAAACGCCGGAGCCCACUGCCACGACUCCGCUCAGACACGACACAAAGUACUCCCCGUGUGUUUACACAACUGACCCUCUCCGCUCGGAGCUCUCACUCCCCUCAUCUCCUGUUUCAUCAACUAAAGUGCGGCGGAGGCGCAGGGAGAAUGUUCGAAAACGGGCCUCGUCAGUCAGUCCAGCCAAGAGCGGCAACGGGUGCCGCCGCCGGCAAGCCCACGCCGACCGCAAAGCCGCCCUGCUGCAGGAGCAGGCGCUGCUGCUCCUGGCCCGCAAGCAGAGGCUGGAGCAGGGCAAGAGCCGCGGCGGUACGCUCUUCUCCUUCUCCCUGCACCUGCCCGACUGGUCCUCCCUGCUGGAUGAGGACGGCUACCUCACCUUCCCCGAUCUGUCAGAGAUGCGCUUCCUCCCCGAGUGCGCGCACAGCUUCCUCCCCAUUAAGUCACCCUCACUCAUCCCCUGCUUCCUCUUCAUCUUCUUCUUCCUGCUCUCCACGUCCUUCUCAGUCCCUUACGCCCUCACCCUCUCCUUCCCCCUGGCGCUGUGCCUCUGCUACCUGGAGCCCAAGGCAGCCUCCCUGACCGCCUCCAUUGCCCAGGGCUACCAUGACCAUGACAGUUCAGAGGAAGAGGAGACCGACAGCGAUCAAACUGACUUUGAUCGCUAUGACGGAGAGAUGACCGCCACAGAGUCGGAGGCGGAGGACGACUCUGAGAUGCGGACUCAGUAUAGUUUCAUAAGACGAGUAAAAGGGGAGGACCUUUUUAUCAGGCACAGUAAUCUGAUGCUAGAGGACACCGAGCCCCCGGCGGAGAUGGUCAAGCACCAAACCAACAUCAGCGAACUGAAGCGCUCCUUCCUUGAGACCGGCGACGGCACGACGGGCCUGACAGAAUGGGAGAAGAGACUCUCCUCGUCCCCGGCGCAUUCACCCAGGGCAGACGAAGCCCCCAUGAUAGAACCUCUGGAGCUGCAGGAUGCUGAAGAUGAGCCUCCUGCAGGAGAGGAGACAAAAGAAGAGAUGGAGCCUCAAGCCACCGAGGCCGCAAGAUAUCUGGUGAAAUACGUGGCGGAUAGUACCGUGACCGAUGGGGCCACCUCCUCGGGGCCUCACGGGAUUAGUCUGUCAACCACUAUGGAUGACGACGUCUUCAUGGAAGUGACCCUCAGGGAGGUGGAGGAGAAGACGCCCGACUCGGUGUUGAAGGUCAGCCCCGGAUCCGUAAGACAGGAAGUGUCCCAGGCCAUCAGUGACAAGAAAGGGACACUUAUUAUCUUGAAAGAGGAUAAAUUAGACGCCGAGUGCAGUGAGAUGAGCGUCUCGGGUGAAAAAGAGGAGCCUGUUGUCCCUGGAGAGACAGACGCCGAGGAGAAGGACUCACUGUCCAGUUCUAAUGAGAAAGAAAUGAUCGAAGAAGACAGUGCUGUCGUCAUCGAAGCCCAAAUGACAGUGGCCAAGACUCUGAGUCCGAAGAUUGAUUUAAAAACCGAUGACAUGAUUCAGAAUAAAGGUAUUGAUUCACCUAAAAAGGCGAUGGCAUCCUGGAUUUAUGAGGAGGUGAAGACCGAGGCAUCAGAGGUCAUACGUGUGUCUGCAGAGGAAGUCCAGGAGAUGACGACUCGUGACGGCCUGCAGCAGGAAGCAGAAAUCUUCAUCUUUGAAGAAGUCGUCCAGACCGAGCAGCCAAAGUCCAGCUUUACUCAAAACUCAAUUCUGGAAUCUUCGACUACGACCUUAGCAGUGUCUACGCUGGGAUGGGUUUCCUCCUCUCAAAAGGCACCAGCUGAACCAGAGCAGAAGACGGAGUUGGCCACGGAGACGGAGGCGGUGCCGGCAGAGUCCACUGGGCCAACGAGUCCUGAGAACAGUGAGGUGGGAACCAAAGAGAUGCCUGUGGUCCACACAGAGACAAAGACCACCACCUAUGAGGCUGCAGAGGUUGACACUAAUGGUGACGCUGACCCCGGGAUGUUGCUGAGCGCUCAGACCAUCACCUCAGAAACCUCCAGCACCACGACCACCACACACAUCACAAAGACGGUGAAAGGAGGCGUGUCCGAGACGAGAAUCGAGAAGAGGAUCGUCAUCACAGGAGACACCGACAUCGACCAUGAUCAGGCGCUGGCUCAGGCCAUAAAGGAGGCUAAAGAACAGCAUCCUGACAUGUCAGUGACCAAAGUAGUGGUACAUAAAGAGACAGAGAUCACGCCAGAGGAGGGGGAGGACUGACCCAGGAGUAACUCUGAGGGCUGCUUCCUGUCCCACCUCCCACAAUCCAACACCCAGAUCUCCUCCUGAACGCCGGCGGGACUCCUGGGAGCGACCGGAACGACGCCUCCUCUCUCUCUCUCUCCAGCUCCCGCAGCUCGCCCGCUCGUCGCAAACCAUCCACCUGCAAAACAAACAAAUGCAUUUUGCAUGAGAAGGGACGCCGCGUUGCAUCGCCAAAAACACACGGCCAGAUUUACCCAGAAAACCCUGUACGAUUUUUAAAAAACGGUUCUCGCCCCGCCUGCACGCCGACUCCCUGUGUGUGUGUGUGUGUGCAGCGAGCAAAACCCUUGUUGCUUUCACUGCCUUACGACUUUGAUGCAUUUUUAUGAUUAUCGAGAAUAAUAAUUGUAGCAGACUUGUAUUUAUGAAAUAAAAGCCAUCACUCCAGAAACUUUAAAAAAUCGCCAUAGGCUGUAUAUGUUAGAAAGCAAACACUAUUUAACCUUGCUGUAGAAGUGCCAACCCUCAUUUGCCAGCAAGCACCGCCUCCCUCACUCAACAGCCGGAGGAUUCUCCAAGCGCCAUCGGCCCAGAACUGUACAUAUCAAACGCUUUCCUCCGAUUAUCGCAACUUAUCCUCCCACCGUUGAUUUGUGUCGUUGUCUACUUGAAUUGUGUUUUUUCUUCUUCUUCUUUUUAAUGAUCUUUUCAGUAUUUUAUUGUUUCUCAUCAGUUGAUUCCACCACUGAAGGUCUGUUUUGGCAACAAAAAAAAAAAUUUGCCAAGGAAUCAUGAUUUCUGUGCAAGAACCGAGAUUUUUCAAUGUGCCUGCGCAGCCUGUGAAUGUUUUUCCAGGGCAGAGGAUCGAGUCCCAGGUUUGUGUGACUGAGGCUCAGGCUGCGAUGCAAAGCCAAAGGAGAUCAGUCGACCCCCCCCCCCCCAUCCCCUCACCACCUCCACUGUAUCUGAAUAAACAGCUGUUGAUCAUGUGCAGUCCAUUUUUUCCUCAAAAUGGUGAAAUAAAAAAUGGCAAAUGCAUUUUUUUUCCUUUUUUUAAAUUGGCUGUUUUCCUCUGAAAUAAUAAAACGUUGACCACAGAAGUGAAACCUGUGUCAUCAGUGAA